AUGUCGCUCACUGAUAUGGAUACGGAAAAAUUCCAUAUUGAUGCAAAAGUAAAGUCUUUCUGCAAUGGAUUAAGCGAAGAAGAUAUCCAGGCCUUUGCAGAAUUGCGUGAGGAUCCUAUAAACGAUGCCCAGAUCGAGUUUUACAUCUACUUAUGCUUUUUGCACUUUCAAAAGUCAAAAGAUAUAAAAAGUCUUAAGCAGGCAAAACAACGGGCGAAGAAGUGGGCGGCGGCGACGCCUGCACAUCAUCCAGAUUACAAUCGGCGACGCAGCCUUUUAAAUACAGUGACUAUUUGGGGCCGCCAGUCUCAGGCCAGAGAGAAAGAUAUAGAAGCCGUAGCUUUGGAAGAACCGGGUAGAGAAAAGCCGGCAACUGACAUCCAACUUGAACGCCUAAGGGAAAAAGUAUCAAGGCUGUAUGAAGAUUUCAAGCAACACGGCCGCCGUGAAGAUUUAGAAGAGGCUAUUGAAACUGGAGAGCUGGCAAUAAGCAUAGCAGGCCCUUACAUCUCCCCCUUUAUGUCUCUUUCCUUGGCGAUUUUGCUCAGCGAUCGAUUUGAGAUGACGGGAUCAAUGGAUGACUUGGAUCGAGCUGUUGGCAUUGCAAGAAAUGCAGUAGAUGCUGUACCUCACGACGAUGCGCAGCAAGCUGCUUUUUUAGGCAGCCUUGGAAAAGUACUCGGCGUUUGGUUUGAGCAGACUGGAUCAAUGGAUGACAUGGAUCAGGCUAUUAGCAUGAUCAACAAAGCAGUGGAUGCCACACCUUGCGACAACCCGCUUCGAUGGAUGCAACUACACAACCUUAGUGUUUUGCUAGGCUUGCGAUUUGAUCAGACAGGAUCAAUAGACGACUUGAAUCGGGGAUUUAGUGCGGCAAGCGAUGCAGUCGAUAGAAUCCUUCGUGGCCACCCAAACUAUGUUUCCUGUCUAAGCAACUUUGGAGAUUGGCUUUGCAGGCGGUCUAAACGCGCGGGAUCGAAAGUUGGCUCCCUUCGAGCUUUCAGACUGUUACUUGAUGCUGCCCACGUCACGCCUCACAACCAUCCAGGCCGGGUUGCACACACAUACAACCUUGGAAACAAUUUCGGUUUGAGGUUUGGAAACAAUUUCGGUGUAAGGUUUGGGCAAUUUGAACCUAAACGGACGACUUGA